AUGGGUAGCAAAAAGAAAUCUAAAGAAAAACAUCGCCAUAAGAAGAAGAAAUACGAAAGGUCAGACAGUGAAUCAGAAUCUGAUUCAGACUCAUCAAGAACAAGAUCUCCAAGAAAAUAUAGGUCAAGGUCAAGAUCACCUGUGAAACAACACAGAUCAAGGUCACCAGUGGAGCAACGUAGAUCAAGGUCACGGUCACAUUCCAGAAAAAGGGACAAAUAUGAAAGUUCAUCAAAGACUUCACACAAAAAAAGGAGGCAUCGGACACCUUCCAGCUCCCAGUCAGAAUCAGAUGAUGAUGGAGGUUCAUCUCGCAUCAGAAAUAUGGAGAAAUCGAAGAUUGAAACCAUUCUCAAAAAUAAAGAGGAGAGAAAACGAGAGAAAGAAUUAAUGAAGACAUUGGAAACACCAGAAGAAAAACGAGCCAGAAGAUUGGCAAAAAAAGAAGCAAAAGAAAGACGACGCAAGGAAAAGAUGGGUUGGGACAAAGACUAUUUGGGUUACACAAAUGCAGACAAUCCAUUUGGAGAUGAGCAUCUCUUAGAUACAUUUGUUUGGAACAAAAAGAUGGAAAAGGAAGGAAAAAAGCACAUGAAUGAAGACGAAAUCCACAGACACCAGAAAAUGAAACUGGAAGAAAGUAGGAGAGAGUUAGAAAAGGUCAAGAAGAGGAGACAAGAAAGGGAGAGACAGAUGGAGGAGAGAGAACAGGAGCGGGAAUUAAUGCAGAGAGAGAAAGAGUCCGAAUAUUACAGAGUGUGGGAAAAACAAGAAGAUAGUUUUCAUUUAAACCAAGCCAAACUCAGAUCAAAGAUACGAAUACAGGAUGGCAGAGCUAAACCAAUUGACUUGUUAGCCAAAUACAUCAGUGCAGAAGAUGAUGAUCUUGCAGUGGAAAUGCAUGAGCCAUAUACUUAUCUCUAUGGAUUGACAAUAGCAGAUCUGGAAGAUUUACUAGAGGACAUUAAAGUCUAUUUGGAACUUGAACAAGGGAAAAAUGUGGAGUACUGGAGGGAUAUCAUUACUAUUGCUAAUGAUGAACUGGCUCAACUCAGGAAGUUAGAUUCAAGUCAGAGGGAUUACCAGGACAGAAGAGAAAGAAUCAAUGAAUCAGUCAGCAAUGAAGUACAGUCCAUCUUCAAAGGUAAAACCACAAAUCAACUGAUGUUACUGGAGGAACAGAUCAAAAAGAAGUUACAAGGAGGAGAGGGAGUGGAUGUAGGAUAUUGGGAGUCACUACUUCAGCAGCUGAAGGCACACAUGGCCAGAACAAGACUGAUGGAGAGGCACCAAGAAAAUCUCAGACAGAAACUCUUCAAACUGAAACAAGAGCAAGGAAUUGACUCUGGUCCUCUGUUUCCCUCUGGUGUGUCUCGGGGUAGCAGCAACAACAGCACACCAGACAGAAGGAAUUCGCCAGCCCCCUCUAGUCUUGGGAGACUAUCACCAGCGCCCUCUGGUCUCAGGAGACUGUCACCAGCACCCUCUGGCAGUAAGACCCAAUCUCCUGCCCCUCCUGAUACCAGAGAGAACCAACCUUCACCAGGACCAUCCACCAGUGCUGUCAAAACAGAGCCAGGGGAGGAGGAGCCCCGUCCUGGACCUAGUACAGAGGCAGAUGAUGAAGAUGAUGAGGCACUGAUUACAGAAGAAGACUUGGAGGAUCAAUCUUACAUUGAUUAUGAAGCUGGAAAUUACUCCCCUAAACUACUCAGGCCGAGUGAACUAGAGAUUGAUACUGUUGUGUAUGACCCCACAGAUGACAUGAGAAAACUGGAGCUGGCCAGGCAGCAAGUGUUAUCAACAGGGCGAGUCAGGUUGGAUGGAGAGACAGAAUUUGAGAAGAAAGCCAGGGAGGGAAUGAAUGAUGAUGAGGCAACAUUCAGUGUAGAAAUUCCUACGGAGCACCAGAAAUUUUUAUGGUCUGACAAGUAUCGUCCUCGUAAACCACGGUUCUUUAACCGAGUUCACACUGGCUUUGAGUGGAACAAGUACAAUCAGACCCAUUAUGACAUUGAUAAUCCUCCACCCAAGAUUGUACAGGGAUACAAAUUUAAUAUAUUUUAUCCAGAUUUGAUUGACAAGACAGAUACCCCCGAGUACACAUUAACACCUAUAGAAGACAACAAAGAUUUUGCUGUUCUAAGAUUUCAUGCUGGGCCACCUUAUGAAGACAUUGCCUUCAAAAUUGUACACAGAGAGUGGGAAUACUCUUACAAACAUGGAUUUCGUUGUCAGUUUCAGAAUAACAUUUUCCAACUGUGGUUCCAUUUUAAACGAUAUCGCUACAGAAGAUAAAUUCAAGUCACAAAAAAACUGUCACUCCAGUAAAUAUUCAGUCUGUGUUCUGUACAUUAUCAUGAGUGAUGAACCAUACCAAUGUACAUGUAAAUAUUAUUAUUGUAAAUUGUCAUUAUUGACAUUUCAAUAAAUUAAUGUGAACAUAA